CCUCUUCACUUCCCUCCUCAUAUCUUCGACAUGCGCUCUCUCUCCCCCGCCCCUUCCCAUUCUCUUCAAUUUCCGAUCCCCACUCGCCCCCUUCCCUCCCCCGUUGUUGUCAAAUGCAGCUACGGCUUCGAAUCUCCCGGCUUCUCCCAUGGAGUCUCCUCCAACCGCACCGACUGGCAGAGCUCCUGCGCCAUUUUGGCCAGCAAGGUUGUCUCUCAGCAACAUUCCUCCCCCGACAGUAAUAACGGUGCCCCCACCGUCAACGGCCACACUUCCGCCCUCACGGAUCUCAGCCUGGUUCCCAUCGAUAACAUACCCGGUUCCGACAAUAACAGGCCUCUUCCGCCCAAGCCUCUCACGAUUUCGGACCUCUCGCCGGCUCCGAUGCACGGCUCACAGCUUCGCGUCGCUUACCAGGGGGUUCCUGGAGCGUAUUCUGAAGCCGCCGCCGCCAAGGCCUAUGCCAACUGCGAAGCCAUUCCUUGCGAUCAAUUCGAGGUGGCUUUCCAGGCCGUCGAGCUCUGGAUCGCCGAUCGAGCAGUUCUCCCCGUGGAGAACUCUCUAGGCGGUUCAAUCCACAGGAAUUACGACCUCCUCCUCCGCCAUCGUCUCCACAUCGUCGGCGAAGUCCAACUUCCGGUCCAUCACUGCCUUCUUGCUCUCCCUGGAGUCCGGAAAGAGUACCUGACCCGCGUGAUUUCGCAUCCCCAAGCCCUGGCUCAGUGCGAGCACACAUUAACCAAGCUCGGCCUCAACGUGGCACGUGAAGCCGUGGACGAUACAGCCGGUGCCGCGGAGUUCAUCGCCACCAACAACCUCCGCGACACGGCGGCAAUCGCGAGCGCGCGUGCCGCGGAGCUGUACGGAAUGCAAGUUUUGGCGGACGGGAUCCAGGACGAUCCGGGGAAUGUGACCCGAUUUGUUAUGCUUGCCCGAGAACCGAUUAUUCCCCGUACGGACAGGCCGUUCAAGACGAGCAUAGUGUUCGCGCACGACAAAGGGACGUCGGUAUUGUUCAAGGUGUUGUCGGCGUUCGCAUUCAGGAACAUUAGCCUGACGAAGAUCGAGUCCAGGCCUCACCGGAACCGUCCGAUCAGGCUAGUGGAUGACGCCAAUGUGGGCACUGCGAAGCACUUCGAAUACUUGUUCUACGUGGAUUUUGAAGCUUCCAUGGCCGAGGUGAGGGCCCAGAACGCCUUGGCAGAGGUGCAGGAGUUUACUUCUUUCUUGAGAGUACUGGGCAGCUAUCCCAUGGACAUGACUCCGCUGAGUUCCUCCUGCGGCCGGCAAGAUUUGCAAAGCCUCUGAUACGAUGCCGUUUGGAGGAGAAGGAAGACAAACAAAGAAAAAGGGCAAUAAAGAUCAGUUUCUAUUUCGCUGCACUGUAUACGUAUUUAGAAUGAUGGCGGUGUUCAGGCAAACAAAAAAAAAUUGGAAUGA